AUGGCCAGAACUUUGACCGAAUUGAACGUGCAUCCAAUGGAAGCCUAUGCCCCAACUGCAACGAGUGCACUUGCCGUGCCACUUGCCAGUGGUUUACUCGCCUCCAGCCAUUUCGAAAGCCAAAGUAAUGCUCAAAGUGUUUUGGAAUGCACUGAGCUCGUCGCCCUCAUCUUACAAGCUCAUCUUCGAUCUCAAACGACUACUGACUGGCGACUCGAUGUUCGAAAAAGAUUGACCCUCAAGCUGGUGUGCCGAUUUUGGAGAGCGACACUGGUGUCGACACCAGAAUUGUGGUCGAACAUCGUCUUGGUCCCGGAGAUGCCCCAAUGGUAUAUCGAUCAGGUUUUCCAAUACGCCAAGGCCACUUCGAAGCAGUUGAAAAUCCGGCUCGAGGCACACUCGAGGCACGCCGACGUUGACCACUUCUCGUCUUGCAUCGUCCCCCCACUGAUUGCGGUAGCCGACACGAUCACGCAUCUCUCUAUGCAGUAUGGCUCGCACAAAGAUUGGAAUGCUUUCGCUUCUCGGUUACAUGCUUUGGACGCCCAGCCUGAGUUAAACCUGGCGUCCCUCCGACAUCUUCACAUCACGUAUUUGGGAAACCAGUCAAGCGAUAUCCGAGUCCCACUCCCGUUUCCGAGACUUAUUACAGACAUACGGCACCUUCAUCUCGACGGCUUACCGCUUACUUCCUCCGUCGUUGGCCCCAACCUCAUUUCUCUGGCCCUCCUCAACUUGGACCUGAUUUACGACGACGCAGAGUCAUGUCACGAUCUUACUAUGAACUUGUUGGAUUGCCUUCGUCAGACCCCAAGACUCGUAGUCCUUCUUAUCGGAGACCUCUGCGAGCGUUUUAUUGACGAAUCCGCCCUCCACAACCUACCCUGCCGUCGCACCGCUGUGGUUUUCUGGUCUCCCUCAUCACAGCUCCCAAACUCCAACUCCUUUCCAUCUGUAUGA